AUGGCUGGAACCUUAUCUUAUCAAGAAUUAGAACAAAUUCAAUCAAAUAUUGGUGGUAUUAUAUCAUUUAAUACAUUUUUUUCAACAACAAUGAGCAGAAAUGUUGCUUUAAUUUAUGCUGGUCAUUUAGACAAUUUCGUUUUAUUUGAAAUAACAACUGAAUGUAACCAUGUAUUAAUACCCUAUAUAAAAUUAAAUAAAAACUUCAGUUUUUCUAACGAUGGAAAUGAAAUAUUAUUUACUGUUGGUACUGUAUUUCAAGUUGAAUCAGUUCAUCGACAAGAAUUAAUAUGGAAUAUAAAAUUAAUAUUAAAUCGUCAAACAUAUAAUCAGACAACAUUUACAUCAUUAAAAACGUAUAUUGAUAAAACAUCAAUUGAAAAUAAUUUCAUAAAAUUUCUUUUACAAACUGAUCCAUAUUCGAUUGAAAAUUAUAAUGAAAUAAAAGCUAUUUUAAAUGAAUUAUCGUCAAAUAGUGUUGAAAUUAUUAGUUUUUAUAUAACAAUUGGAUUAUUACAGCGUCAUUAUAAAUUAGAAUUAGUCUAUUAUCAAAAAGCUAUUACAUUCUUAACUGAUCAUAUUCGUUUAAAAUCGUAUAUUUAUCGAAGUAUUGGUAUCAUAUGUCAUAAUCAAUAUGAUUAUAAAACAGCAUUAGAAUAUUAUUAUAAGGCAAUUAAAUUAAAUUUACAAUCAAAUGAUAUAUCAACAGUCUAUUUAUACAGUAAAAUUGGUGAUAUUUAUGAAUGUGAAUAUAAUUAUCAAUUAUCAUUGGAAAACUAUUUAAAAGCAAUUGAUAUUUGUAAUUCUGAUCAUUAUCAUUUACUAAUAGCUGAUAUUUGUGAAAAGAUUGCUUACAUGUCGAAUGAACAUUUUUCAAAUACUGAUAUGUCAUUAAAUUACUUUAAAAAAUCAGUGAUUAGUCGUCAUCAUUGUCUUACUGCAGAUCAUCCAUCCUUUGGUUUAUUAUAUGAAAAUAUUGCUAAAAAAGUAUUUUUUAUUCAUUCUCGUACGAUUGAAGAAUCUUAUGAGAAAACAGUUGAUCUUGUUACAACAAAUUGUUUAUCAGAAAAUCAUUUUUCAUUAGUUUGGUUAUACGAAAAACUUGGUAAUUUAUAUGAGAAACAAUCAAAAUAUACAAUAGCUGCUAAUUAUUAUCAGAAAGCAAUUAACGCUUGUUUAACAAUGAAUAAUGUUUUAUUGAUAUUUUUAAAUGAAAAAAUUGGUGAUGUCUAUGAAAAAAUGUCUGUAAAUGAUAUGGCUCUUAGACACUACAAAAUAGCAACAGAAAGUGGUAUGAUUUAUUUGUUCAAAAAUCAUUCAUUAUUCAUUCGUUUAUACGAAAAAAUUGCCAUAAUCUAUGAAGAAGUUGAAUGUAAUUAUCCAUUAGCAAUAAAAUUUUAUCUUAAAUUGCACGACGUUAUAGAUGAUAUUAAAAAUCUUCAUUCAGUCUAUGAUCAUUUAUUCCGAUUGCAUAUAAAGAAUAAUGAUUAUCGAAAUAGUUUAGCAUAUCUAGAGAAAAAAUUUGAUCUGGAGAUAAAUUCUACAGAAAUGAUUCAUUCAACUAUAGAAACGUGUAAAUUGAUUAUAACAACUGCAACAACAAUUGCUACGAUGACUGAAUAUUUAUCUGAUUAUAUUAUACUAUCAACCGCUUAUUUAUUAUCGAUAGUGUAUAUAUUGAAAACCAAUGAUAUAUUAUAUGAAAAAUAUGAGAAAAAAGACGAUUAUAUACAAAGAACAAAAAAUUUAAAAACAACACUUCAUGUUGAUUUUCAACCUGUAACAUUUGAUAAUCUUUUAAUCAAACUAUCAAAUGGUCAUAAUAUAAAGUCAGAAAAUUAUUUUACUGCGUUAGAUAGUCUUGAUAGUGCAUAUAACGAUUACAUAGAUAGAGCAAAAGUGCUAUUCACUUAG